AGUUGCUCAUGCCCGAGUACAAGAAGCGCUUACCUGAAUCAGGUCUCUACAAUGAUGAUGGGUAUCUAUUUCAUCACACAAGUGGCCAGCCUUUGACUCGUGAGGAGAUAGAGCGACUUCGCCAGCAUGAUAUCCCCUACGAAAAACGAUGUCGUUUCAAUCCGGCUGAAGAUGAGCAGAUAAGGAAAAACUGGAAGAGAUUUGCUGCCAAGCACAAUUUGGAAUACGAAAAAGCGCCUGGUUAUGCUGGUGUUCCUGGCUACAAGAUCUUCGCCGACAAUGAGGAACGAGCUACUUUCAAUAGAACAACAGCCUUUUGGCCUCAUAUCUGUCAUAAUUUGCCGCAUCGAAGUGCUGCACAAAUACGAAGGCGUAUCGGAAUCAUAUUCGAUCCUGCCGUGAUUGAAGGAAAGGCGGAGAUCACAUACUCCAGAAAUGUUCCUUGGACAGACAAGCAAACAAAAAAGUUGUUACGAUAUUACAUGAAGUAUGGAAUGUCAACUGAGGCUGUGCAUAAAAUUGGAAAGCUCUUGAACAGACCAGCACACUCUUGCCAGAAUCAACUGAGAAACAGUCUAGCACGAAGAGGACCGGUACCCAACCAUUUGAGAAAGAAGCUUUGGGGUGCGGUUAUGAAGUAUACUGAUGACCAAGAAAAACCUUUCAAGCGACUAGUACGUAAGGCCAUAUAUCAUAAGCAAUACGAGAAUGUACAAGAUUAUGACAAGCGAACAGAGUGGAAUACUGUUGCCCAACGUAUGGUAUAUCCGAUCGAGCGUGUCAAAGAGGCAUGGCUACACUUGUUGAAAGAUCUCCAACAUAACUAUGUCAAACAACGGGAAUGCCGAGAGUCUCGAAAGAAGUCAUGGUCGACAGCUUUAAACGCUGUAAGCUUAGAAAUUCAGCAAACUCCAGAAGACACUAUGUACGAAAUUCUGACAAGGAAACUCUAUAAUUGCGAGUUCCUAACUUCCAACCUACGCGAGAAAGGAGUAACGGGAUUCUACUCUGGAGGAAGCAGCGAGCUCAAUUACCUCUUUCGCAAAACGCGAGUAAUACUUUGGCGACUUCAUCACCUUUUGUUCCGCCGUUUGAAGCUGCCAUUCACACUGAAAGAACGACUGCAUGUAUUGUCGAUGGCAUACGAUUACCAAUGCGGUUUUGAAGAUGGUCAGCAAAUAGCCCGACCAAAGCAGUUUGAGCGUCUGAAGUUGACAACGGGUGGAUUUCCAGCAAUUCAUCGCACCCCAUUCAUAGAAGCAUUAGUAGUUUAUUCGAUAGCCAAGUUUGAGGAUUGGAUUGCACCCACAGUGCUCAAGAAAUACGUGGUCUCCGAAGAGGUGCUCGCCUUAUUUCCAAAAGAACGCAACAACUCAGAAAUUAUAAAGCAGAAGGAUCUCAAGACGGCUGUGUCGUUCAUCGAUCUAGAUGAUCACUUUGAUCGGUGACAUUACACCUCACAUGGAGCAAAGUGAUAAUCAGUAGC